CUGCCGGCCGCGCGGGGUCGGGGCAGCGGCGGGCGCGCGGGGCAGCGGCGGGCGGCACGGCGCCCACCAUGAGCGACGAGAGCCGCGGGGACGGCCGCGCCGAGAGCGCCCGGGACCUGGAGAAGCAGCUCCGUCUGCGCGUGUGCGUGCUCAGCGAGCUGCAGAAGACCGAGCGCGACUACGUGGGCACGCUGGAGUUCCUGGUGUCGGCAUUCUUACACCGGAUGAACCAGUGCGCUGCGUCGAAGCUUGACAAAAAUGUAACAGAAGAAACGGUGAAGAUGCUGUUCUCAAACAUUGAAGAUAUCCUUGCAGUACAUAAAGAAUUCUUAAAAGUCGUGGAAGAAUGCUUACAUCCAGAACCUAAUGCUCAGCAAGAAGUGGGAACCUGCUUUCUUCACUUUAAAGACAAGUUUCGUAUCUACGACGAAUAUUGUAGUAAUCAUGAGAAGGCACAGAAAUUGCUUUUUGAACUUAACAAAAUAAGAACAAUCCGGACAUUUCUUUUGAAUUGCAUGCUACUUGGAGGACGGAAGAACACAGAUGUCCCCCUGGAAGGAUACUUAGUAACACCAAUACAAAGAAUAUGCAAGUAUCCUCUCCUUUUGAAGGAGUUGCUGAAGCGGACUCCAAGGAAACACAGUGACUACACAGCGGUGAUGGAAGCCCUCCAAGCCAUGAAAGCCGUCUGUUCCAACAUCAACGAGGCCAAGAGACAGAUGGAGAAGUUGGAAGUUUUAGAAGAGUGGCAGUCUCACAUUGAAGGCUGGGAGGGGUCCAACAUUACUGACACCUGUACUGAAAUGCUAAUGUGUGGAGUCUUAUUAAAAAUUUCUUCUGGAAAUAUUCAAGAACGGGUGUUUUUUCUUUUCGAUAACCUUUUGGUGUAUUGCAAACGAAAACACAGACGGUUGAAGAACAGCAAAGCAUCUACCGAUGGACAUCGGUAUGUGUUUCGUGGCCGGAUCAACACAGAGGUGAUGGAGGUGGAGAAUGUGGAUGACGGCACAGCUGACUUCCACAGCAGUGGACACAUUGUUGUUAAUGGGUGGAAGAUACAUAACACAGCCAAAAAUAAAUGGUUUGUGUGUAUGGCAAAAACACCUGAAGAGAAACAUGAAUGGUUUGAAGCUAUUUUGAAAGAAAGAGAACGGCGGAAAGGUUUAAAAUUAGGAAUGGAGCAAGACACCUGGGUAAUGAUCUCUGAACAGGGUGAGAAACUUUAUAAAAUGAUGUGCAAACAAGGAAAUCUGAUCAAAGACAGAAAAAGAAAACUGACUACGUUCCCUAAAUGCUUUCUUGGAAGUGAAUUUGUGUCAUGGCUGUUGGAAAUUGGGGAGAUUCACAGGCCUGAGGAAGGUGUUCACUUGGGACAAGCAUUGUUAGAAAACGGAAUCAUCCACCAUGUUACGGAUAAACAUCAAUUCAAACCAGAACAGAUGUUAUAUAGAUUUCGCUAUGAUGAUGGAACCUUUUAUCCAAGAAAUGAGAUGCAGGAUGUGAUUUCAAAGGGCGUACGAUUAUAUUGCCGUCUUCAUAGUCUAUUUACUCCAGUGAUAAGAGAUAAAGAUUACCACUUAAGAACCUACAAAUCUGUGGUUAUGGCCAACAAGCUGAUAGACUGGUUAAUUGCACAGGGGGAUUGCCGCACCAGAGAAGAGGCAAUGAUAUUUGGCGUUGGACUCUGUGACAAUGGAUUUAUGCACCAUGUCCUUGAAAAAAGUGAAUUCAAAGAUGAACCCUUACUUUUCCGCUUUUUUGCGGAUGAGGAAAUGGAAGGAUCAAAUAUGAAACAUCGACUGAUGAAACAUGAUUUAAAAGUUGUAGAAAAUGUUAUAGCCAAAUCAUUAUUGAUUAAAUCCAAUGAAGGCAGCUAUGGUUUUGGGUUAGAAGACAAAAAUAAAGUUCCAAUAAUAAAGUUGGUAGAGAAGGGGUCUAAUGCUGAGAUGGCUGGCAUGGAAGUUGGGAAAAAGAUUUUUGCUAUUAAUGGUGACCUAGUUUUUAUGAGACCUUUCAAUGAAGUGGAUUGCUUCCUGAAAUCAUGCUUAAAUAGCAGAAAACCUCUAAGAGUUCUUGUGAGCACAAAGCCAAGAGAGACAGUGAAAAUCCCAGAUUCAGCGGAGGGGCUUGGCUUCCAGAUCCGAGGAUACGGCCCUUCGGUGGUGCAUGCCGUGGGAAGAGGAACUGUGGCUGCAGCCGCUGGUCUUCACCCUGGGCAGUGUAUCAUCAAAGUAAAUGGAAUCAAUGUCAGCAAAGAGACACACGCCAGUGUUAUUGCCCAUGUCACGGCCUGCAGGAAGUACAGGAGACCAACGAAGCAAGAUUCCAUUCAAUGGGUUUAUAACAGCAUUGAGAGCGCUCAGGAAGACCUUCAGAAGUCUAACUCCAAACCCCCAGGAGAUGAAGCAGGGGAUGCUUUUGACUGUAAAGUAGAAGAGGUAAUUGACAAGCUCAACACCAUGGCAAUCAUCGACGGAAAGAAGGAGCACGUGAGUCUGACGGUGGAUAACGUCCACCUAGAGUAUGGCGUCGUGUACGAGUAUGACAGCACCGCCGGGAUCAAGUGCAACGUGGUGGAGAAGAUGGUAGAGCCCAAAGGUUUCUUCAGCCUCACUGCCAAGAUUCUUGAAGCCCUGGCUAAAAGCGAUGAUCAUUUUGUACAAAACUGCACCAGCCUUAACUCUUUGAACGAGGUGAUUCCUACUGACCUUCAGAGUAAAUUCAGUGCUGUUUGCAAUGAAAAAAUUGAGCGCAUAUGUCAGAGAAUAUCCAGUUAUAAAAAGUUCUCUCGUGUACUAAAGAACAGAGCCUGGCCCACCUUUAAACAGGCCAAAUCUAAAAUCUCCCCCCUGCACAGCAGUGACUUCUGCCCCACCAAUUGCCAUGUCAAUGUGAUGGAAGUUUCUUAUCCCAAAACAUCAGCGUACCUGGGGAGUGCAUUUGGUGUUCAGCUGGAUAGCAGGAAGCAUAAUUCUCAUGAUAAAGAAAAUAAAUCGGAACAAGGAAAACUGAGCCCUAUGGUGUACAUUCAACAUACAAUAACAACCAUGGCGGCCCCUUCAGGUCUGUCUCUGGGGCAGCAAGAUGGGCACGGUCUCCGGUAUUUGUUGAAAGAAGACGACUUAGAAACCCAAGAUAUCUAUCAGAAACUGCUGGGCAAACUUCAGACUGCACUGAAGGAGGUGGAGAUGUGUGUUUGUCAAACAGAUGACCUUCUGUCUUCAAUAACAUAUUCUCCCAAAUUAGAACGUAAGGCAUCAGAGUCCAUAGUCCCAACAGACAGUGACAACGACAAGGGAGAGAGAAACAGCAAACGCGUCUGUUUUAACGUGGCAGGCGACGAGCAGGAAGAUUCAGGUCACGACACCAUCAGCAACAGAGACUCUUACAGCGACUGCAACAGCAAUAGGAAUUCUGUCACCUCCUUCACCAGCAUCUGCAGCAGCCAGUGCAGCUCGUAUUUUCACAGCGAUGAAAUGGACUCAGGUGAUGAGCUUCCCCUAAAUGUUCGCAUUUCUCGUGAUAAACAGGACAAGAUACACAGUUGCCUUGAGCAUCUUUUCAGCCAGGUGGAUUCCAUUACCAAUCUCCUGAAAGGCCAAGCUGUUGUGAGGGCCUUUGAGCAAACCAAGUACCUGACACCAGGUCGAGGGUUACAAGAGUUUCAGCAAGAAAUGGAACCAAAGCUGAGUUGUCCAAAAAGGUUAAGGCUUCACAUCAAGCAAGAUCCUUGGAAUCUUCCCAGCAGUGUCCGGAAUCUUGCCCAGAACAUCAGAAAAUUUGUUGAAGAGGUAAAGUGUAGGAUAAUCCUGGCUCUUCUUGAAUAUUCAGACAGUGAGACACAGCUCCGAAGAGACAUGGUUUUCUGCCAGAGUCUUGUGGCCACAGUCUGUGCCUUCUCUGAGCAGCUCAUGGCCGCCUUAAACCAGAUGUUUGACAACAGCAAGGAAAAUGAGAUGGAAACUUGGGAAGCCAGCAGAAGGUGGCUGGACCAGAUAGCGAAUGCAGGAGUUCUUUUUCACUUUCAGUCACUUCUGUCACCAAACUUGACAGAUGAACAAGCCAUGCUAGAAGAUACACUGGUUGCACUAUUUGACUUGGAAAAGGUUUCUUUUUACUUUAAACCAUCAGAAGAGGAACCACUGGUUGCAAAUGUUCCUCUUACUUAUCAAGCUGAAGGAAGCCGGCAAGCUCUGAAAGUUUACUUCUACAUCGAUAGUUAUCAUUUCGAACAACUGCCUCAAAGGUUGAAAAACGGAGGAGGGUUUAAAAUUCAUCCUGUUCUUUUUGCACAAGCACUGGAGAGCAUGGAAGGAUAUUAUUAUAGAGACAAUGUUUUGGUGGAAGAAUUUCAAGCCCAGAUAAAUGCAGCCUCCCUGGAAAAGGUCAAACAGUACAACCAGAAGCUCAGGGCGUUCUACUUGGACAAGUCAAAUUCCCCACCAAACUCCACAUCCAAAGCUGCUUAUGUAGAUAAGCUCAUGAGGCCUCUCAACGUCGUGGAUGAACUGUAUCGCCUGGUGGCCUCGUUUGUCAGAUCCAAGCGCACAGCUGCCUGCGCGAACACGGCUUGCAGCGCCUCCGGCGUCGGGCUGCUGUCGGUGUCCUCGGAGCUGUGCAGUAGGUUGGGGGCCUGCCACGUCAUCAUGUGCAACAGCGGCGUGCAUCGGUGCACCCUGAGCGUGACCCUGGAGCAGGCCAUCAUUCUGGCCAGAAGCCACGGACUGCCUCCUUGCUACAUCAUGCAGGCUACAGAUGUGAUGCGGAAGCAGGGAGCAAGAGUUCAGAACACAGCAAAGAAUUUGGGAGUCAGGGACCGGACCCCACAGUCUGCUCCGAGGCUGUACAAGCUGUGUGAGCCUCCUCCCCCAGUUGGAGAAGAAUGAGGAGAAUCUCCACGGAACCAGGCAAGCAGAAGCUUCUGAACACUGGACUAGACAAAGGAUGUGCUGGCUAAACUUUCUCCACUCAACAUAAAAAAAUGGAUUUUUUUUUUCUCUUGGUCUUUCAUCAUGGUGUAAAUAAUUAAUGUUCAGCUUGUACUUAGAUAUCUGUGCUGGAAAUGGAUGGAAGUCCAUUCAGACAACUCAGCUUCACAAACCAGUCUUUCAUGUGUGUCAACGUGAAUUAUUCAUCCCUGGAGAUUACAUUAAAAAAUGCCAGAGAUAAAAACAUUAACCAUUGUACCUCCUUUCCCAUUUAUUAAAAUUAUUGUAUUGUGUUUGCUUUCGUUUUCUCCAAAUGGAGCAUGUUAUGUUGGAUAUUUCCGUUUGAAGAAGUCUGUCAUUGAAGAAAUGUGGUCACACUUUCCGGGUCACCACACAGAAAUGUGACAGACAGUAGAGACUGGGUGCCUUAGGUUUUCUGUCUCCCACUUGCAUCUGAGAAAGUAGCUUGCGGGUGAAAGGUGACGAGCAUCCUUUACUCUUUCCAAGGGAGUGUUUCUCAGUAGAGGAGAAGAGAGCUGAUUGAGGUCUCCAGCAAGACCUUCUUCCAGCUGCUUUCAGGGACCCUUUAUGCUCGUGGACAGUUCCAGGGAACCAUGCUGUCCUUGACCUCUGAAGUGGGCGUGGCUUCCUUGGGCGAUGAGUCCUGAUGCUGCGCUGUAGGUGUCCAGGAGAUGGGGAGAGGCAGGGAUUGGGGAGGGUUGGAAGGAAGACUAGGGUGAAGGAGGGAAAAAUAAGCCUAUUUAAAAGUCAACCUUUAAAUUUGAACGAUACCUAAAGCUCUUAUUUUAUUAAAGGCUUUCAUAUGAGAUGUCAGACUCCUAAAAGAAUACACCAUGCUGAGUGUUUUUCUAUCAAGGUAAUAUAUAUAUGAGAUGAGAAAAUAAAGCUUUAUUUGUUGAACUUUAAAGGGACUAUUAGAGACCUUGAUAAUUUAUGAAAGUACAAGGUGUAUUCUAUUUUCAUUCUAAAGUUUACAUAAUGUUUAUCCUUUCUACAUUGAUAAAAUAACAUUGUUUUUUAGCAUAAUGAAUAUAGUAAUAUUGAUUUUUAAAUCUGUAAUUUUCAAAACAAUUAAAAUGCCCUUACUGUGAUUGUGAUACUUAAGUGGAUUUAGACUAAUUGCUUAUGCGAAAUGCUUUUCAUAACUAAAGUAUAUAAAAACCAUUAUGAAAUUUUAAUUUAUGAAAUUUGAUAAUAGUUUUCAAACACUUAUUAAAAAAACUUUCAUCACUAGCAGUUGUGUAUCGAAUAACAGAAGUACUGCGUUGCGUAUACAUGAGGCCUUUAUAUACUGGUCAAAUUAAUAAUAAAUGUUAUUCAGCACAGAAGCACUUAAGACUUUUAUGAUAAGUACACAUCUAUAAUGAAAAAUAAAGAAACCAACAUCAGAGAUUUCAGAGAAAAAGUUGAACACUUUGAAUCUAAUGAAGAUAUGACCUUAAUUUAGAUAUCUACAUGAAACAUAUUCUUCACUUUCAGGGGUUUAACAUUUUUGAUACAAUUGCAAGUGAUCCUGAAGGUCCAUGAAAUUAGUAAAUUGUGAUUUUCCUGUACUGAAAUUUUGAUUACAUUUAACACAGGGCUAAUGAGUGAGUAAAACUGAUUAACUAGCAAGUACUUUUCAUGUUGUCAUUAUUGUUUUCUAAUCACUACCCUAGAAGUAGUGUUCCUUAUUAGAAGCAUGAAGGGAUCACUUAAACAUUUCAGUUGUACUUUGCUGUUUCGUAGGGGAAAACCAUCUGCUAUUGUAGUAUUUACAAAUUAGCAUAUUUUAACAUCUAAUCUCUAUAUAAUAGGGUUACUUAAUAUUGUUUUAAGGGUUAAACAUGGUGUAAGUGUACCAUCUAUCAGAGUGCUUGGCACUUAUUACAAUCUCAAAAGUUAGUGAUGACUUAUAUUACCAUCAGUCACUGUGAUUUUUUAUUGUAAUAAAAACUGUAGCUAAAACCUAAGUAAUUUCUACCUGCCAAGCAAUAGGUCCAGGUGCUUCACCCAUAACUUUGUUGUUAUUACUUCAUUAAUCCUAAUGGUGAUUUGAGGUGAUAUUCUUUGCAUCACCCCCAUUUAACCAUUGAGGAAGUAAAGUAAAGAAUAGUCCAGUGACUUGCCCAAGAUCAUAUGGCUGACAAGUGGUAGAACCAGGAUUUGAACCCAGGAAGUCUGCCUUCUUAAUACAUUGUGCUGCUUUUCCUUAUUAAUAUAGGAAAUGUAAUAUAACCAAUUAUUUGUUAGUAAAGUUGGAGUUAUGUGUGGUGUGGGCCAUUAAAUUAUACAUCUUAUAUUGAGGAAUAAAUGAAUGGAAAUGUGUAAAAUGCCUUUAAUAUAUGAAAACCAUAGGAUUUCCUGGACAUUUUACCAUUCUGGAUACACAUUAUGAGGUAACCCAAUGCUAUUGCAAUCUGAAAAAACAUGAUAUAUCCCUCAUAAUUGAAGAUAACAAUUUUAGUUAUGUUUUGAAAGUCUGGAAUAGUACAUUAUAUAAAAUUUGACUAUGAUUCCAAAACAGUGAUAACAGUAAAAAAUGUCAAAUGAGUGAAUUAAUAAAGACAACUCUUCAACACCAUGAUGUACCUCUGUGUGACGUCGGACAUUGAACUGACCUUGAGUUUUUAGAUGAGAUCAGGUAUGUUCAGGGUGGUAUGACCAUAGACUGGCCUUGAGUUUUUAGAAUGGGUUUACCUCAGCGCUCACAUACUCCUCUGCAAGCAGUGUACCUUUAAACGUUACAAAAGCCUGCUAACAGUUCUUGCAAAUUCUGCUGACUUUGAAGUUCUGAGUUUGGACAUCUGCCUCUCUCCACCUAAAAGGGAAGGUCACACCUGGAAAUUUUGGUUCUUAAUAUGGGACUGAUUCAUAAAUACUUGUUAACUAGUCAUCCAUGGUCAAUAAAUCUUAAACAUUCCAUCAUAUCUUAUAAAGUUUUCUCAUUAAGUAUUAUGAAAUUUAAUAUGUUAUUGAAAGUGUGAGUAAUUUGAAGAGACUAGAAUUUUGCAUCUACUUCCAUUACAUUUAACAAGAA